AAACGCUGUCCGAGGAGUGUUCGACUGAGACGAUUUUUGCAACUUUUAGUCGCGAAAUGAAGCUCCAGCUUGGAAGCUGAAUUGACGAGAAAACGAUAAGAGACUCUAGACCGACCGCGUGUGAUAAGCCUUACCUCCCCUACCGCGAUACAGCAAGACCUAUACAACAACAACAACAAAAACAAAACAAAACAAAAAAUAAAACACCAACCGCAACGAAACGCCAUACUAUCAACAUGUCUGAACUUUUGAAGGCUUUGAACUUUACUGGCAAUCUGUUGGCCAAUUUUGAGGAUAGCAACAGUAGCAACAGCGGCAGUAUCAUAAAUAGCAGCCAUGAAAUUGGCCUUAAUCAUUCAUCGGAAGGUAUCAACCUAACUGCAACCACAUUAAAUGCAACAACAAUUGCUGCCACAAAUUCCAGUAGCUCGAGCGGUGAGAAAUUAGAUCUUGGUGGCUUCGAUUUGCCUGGCAAUUAUUCCAUACUUAUCAAUAAGUUGGAACAGUUGGCCUUAGGCCUGGAUUCGGCAUUGGGUAACUUUACGAUCGAUCGCCAGGAGGUUGAGAUCAAUUUGAGUGGCGGUGCCACCGAUAAUGAUGUGGCCGAUGUUGCCAAUGAUUUGCUCUUUAGCGAUGUAAUACCCCCCGCAGCACGUGCCCCACCACCGCAUAUUGGCCAUGGCUCGAAUCGGAUAUUCACUGGAGACGAUGCCGAAGAUUUUGCCCAUGUUGUCAGUGAUAUUUGGAUUGGUGUCAUCCUGACCUUACUCAUAGUGUUUGUCAUAUUCUUCAUAUGCGCUUGCUUCGUCUAUCACAAGUUCCAGCAAUGGAAGAACUCAUAUCGUGCCAAUCAUAGUGAUCCCACCAUUGAGAUUUGUCGUCGCUGUCCACCGGACUAUGAAGCUGAGUCGUUGCCAUCGUAUACGAUAGUUUCUGGCCUGCCCACAUACGAUGAUGCACUGGAAGAGUUCCGCAAGGCUGGCAUUAUACUCACUCCGUCGGUGGUGCCAAUUAUCAAGAUAUUCGAGUGUCAGGGCAAUGGAGAUGCCGGUGCCAAAGAGCCAGCUGUCGGCUAUAGUCUGGUGGAGACGAAUGCCAAUAAUGGCGAUGGUAAUGGGGAUAACAUAUCGCUGAGCUCCAUUAAUGGCACUUGCCAUUGUGGCAAUUCGUCGCCUACCUCAGCAACAACAGCAACACUGCCGCUACCAAGUUAUAGUGCCGCUUUGGCAGCAGCUGCAGCGGCAGCUGCACCACCACAGGUCAUUGAGCUGUCACCCGAUCACUUGGCCUCUCUGUCCCAAAAGCGUCUCUCGCUGCAGAUCUCAUUCAAUAAUUCGGUGCGACGUCAAUCACGUUCUGGCUCCGGGUUGCGUAAUCAUUUAUUGCGUUCGCGGGCUGUCGGCAAUACGGCGGGAUUGGGUCCCAGCAGCACAACAACAACAACCACGACAUUGGUCACAUUGGCCUCAGCGCCAAAUCAAGCGGGCAGAGAGGUGCCACUGCCCACAAUACAUCGCUCCUCGUCCACAUUAUCCUUGUCCAAUGAGCGCCAGUUGCUGGAUCAACGUUUAAGGCAUUUACAUCAUCGCGGGUCGCUAUAUUGAUUAUUGAUUGUUACCUCGAUUCUGUUUACCUAUUAAAUAUAUACCUAUA